AUGGAAGUCAUACAAACGUCCUACUUUGAUUGGAAUUGCUUAUCAAAUGAUGAAAUGCCUCAGGCAUUACACGAAUUGCGAUUGGUUCAUAGGGAUGUGAAGUUAUCCAAUUUCGCCCUAACGCAACCCAAGACUCCGGGAAAUCAAGUGUCUGUGAAGAUCCUGGAUUUUGGAUUGAGCCACGUUUAUGCUGACGCAGAUGGAAAUCUCAGAGACGAUCCCAGAGAUUUUAACUUCUCGAAAAUGAAAUACUCAUCUUAUGAUGUUUCUUUGGGAUGCGACCCGGCGCCCAAAGACGAUGUUAUCCAAGCCAGCUACGCCAUCUUAUAUGCCAGCGGCUUCGAUUUCCGCCAAAAACUCAAAUCUCCUGAGAAUGAUUUGAUGAACUGGAAGCGGGAGUUGAUUCGGACCCCGCGCGACACUCUGCCACUGAUGAUGAAGUUCAUGACUCCAUUUUUUGAAAUGGUUGGAGAACUCAAUGACAUCAUCCCUGUAAAUCAUGAUCUUCUCAAACAACGCAUCCAGGAAUGUUUGUCUGAGGUUGAUGCCAACAGUGAUCUGAUUUUGACUCAGGAGGAUGGACAACCACUUCUCAUCUGA